AUGGAAAAUAAUACUAGUUUUAAUGCAGCUGGGCAAUUAUCAAUCAAGGAACAAGUUCAAGGGAAAAUAACCAGUUUCUUGAAGAAUGCAGGAGUUAGUAAACCUGAGGUUAAUUCAGCUUAUGGACAAAUGAAUACCGAUGAAACAAGUGGUACAAUAUAUGCAGAUAGUUCGUGUCAAGGCAAAUGCUUACAUUAUUUAUGCUGUCAUUGUUCAAAACGCUACUAUAUAGCAUGGUUAUCAAGUUUAGGCUUUAUGAUCACAUUCGGUAUUCGGUGUAAUAUGAGUUGGGCUAUGCUAACUAUGCAAGCUAGACAUAUAGCAGCGAAUUUAUCUCAUCUGCCUCUUCAUAAACACUAUGAGCAUACACAUCAUGAGUCUGGUGAUCAUGUGAUUGGCUUGGGUGGACUAAUGAAUGUGACAACAAAACCAGAUUUCUACUGGACAGCAGGUCAACGUGGAUUUGUGGAUAGUUCCUUCUUUUAUGGUUAUUUAAUUACUCAAAUACCUGGUGGAGUGAUAGCAUCGAAAUUUCCAGCUAAUCGUUUAUUUGGUAUUGCUGUCGGUGGAAGCGCUCUUUUAAACUUACUACUACCAGGUGCGUGCAAGGUUCACUUUGGUAUUGUUAUGAUGAUAAGAAUGUUACAAGGCUUGGUUGAGGGUACCUCUUAUCCAGCUUGUCAUGGGAUUUGGAGAUAUUGGGCUCCACCACUCGAGCGAUCUCGGCUAGCUACAAUCGCAUUCUGUGGCUCGUAUGCGGGCGCCGUUCUGGGAUUGUCAUUGUCUGGUCUCUUAGCUCAACAAAUGGGUUGGCAAUCGCCUUUUUAUUUCUAUGGCAUCAUUGGUAUAAUGUGGUUCUUUUGGUGGUGGAAUGUAACACACGAACGACCCUCACUACAUCCAACGAUAUCAGAAGCUGAACGUAAAUAUAUUGAGUCUUCAAUCGGGGAGUCACCGACUAUAAAUGAAAGCAAAAUACCUAUUCCUUGGGGAAAAUUCUUUACAUCACUUCCUGUAUACGCCAUAAUUGUGGCGAAUUUCGCUAGAAGUUGGUCAUUCUACCUAUUGAUCACUAAAUCACCGAAAUAUUUUCGUGAAGUUUUUGGCUACAAUCUGGCAGAGACUGGAUUUCUAUCAGCAUUACCACAUUUAGUUAUGGCUGUUAUUGUUCCUAUUGGUGGUCAGCUGGCGGAUAAAUUACGAAAAAAUACACUCUCAACAACAGCUGUAAGGAAAAUAUUCAACUGUGGAGGUUUUGGAAUGGAAGCAGUCUUCCUCAUCGGUGUUGGCUAUUCAAAAACAAUUACUUCAGCACUAGUCUGUCUUGUUUUGGCUGUUGGAUUCAGUGGGUUCGCGAUAUCAGGUUAUAAUGUUAAUCAUUUGGAUAUUGCACCACGUUAUGCCAGUAUAUUGAUGGGUUUAUCCAAUGGUGUUGGAACGAUAUCUGGAAUGAUUUGUCCAAUUACAACAGAAUUACUUACCAAGAAUCAAAAUAAAGAUGGAUGGCCAAUAGUUUUCUUGAUUGCUAGUCUAGUUCACUUUGCUGGUGUUAUUUUCUACGCUUUCUUCGCUUCUGGUGAAAAACAAACCUGGGCAGAAGCACCUGAAGAAGCUCAGUGCAACUGGCAACCACCAUCUGACUUACCAGCAGAAAUGAUGCAUGGAGAAUAUGGUUAUGCAGAUCCAGAUGAGAAAAGAGACAAUAAUCCACCUUUGCGAAAGACAAAUAAUCAAAGAAAUCUAAUGGUAAGCAAUAAUCAAGCCUACCCUUCAGACUCAAGGUAUACAACAAGUGAAAACCGAUUAAUCGCAAACGAUGCACAAGUCUGUUCACCAGAUUAUGGUUAUGGAGAGACUGUGAGUGGAACAACAACCCGAAAAAGUGUUAAUCCAUAUCAUCAAGGAUAUUAA